AAGGCCCCCACUCCAGGGAAGAGCCACCGUCUUCGGCCCAGGCCAAGCCCAGCUGCUGUCCUCACCUGCUCCCCAUCUUGCUCUCACCAUGAGCUGCCGCAUACAGAGCUCCUCCGCCAGCUAUGGAGGUGGAUUCGGGGGUGGCUCUUGCCAGCUGGGAGGAGGCCGCAGUAUCUCUACCUGCUCAUCACGCUUUGUCUCUGGGGGAUCAGCUGGGGGCUACGGGGGCGGCAUGAGCUGCGGCUUCGGUGCAGGGGCUGGGAGUGGUUUUGGCGGAGGCUUCGGAGGGGGCUUUGGAGGUGGCCUCGGAGGUGGCUUUGGUGGGGGUUUUGGCGCUGGCUUUGGUGACUUCGGUGGCGGCGAUGGCGGCCUCCUCUCCGGCAACGAGAAGCUCACCAUGCAGAACCUCAACGACCGGCUGGCCUCCUACCUGGACAAGGUGCGCGCCCUGGAGGAGGCCAACGCCGACCUGGAGGUGAAGAUCCGGGACUGGUACCAGAAGCAGAGCCCCAGCAGCCCGGAGCGGGACUACAGCCACUACUACAAGACCAUCGAGGACCUGCGGGACAAGAUCCUGGCAGCCACCAUCGACAACAACCGGGUCGUUCUGGAGAUCGACAAUGCCAGGCUGGCUGCGGAUGACUUUAGGCUCAAGUAUGAGAACGAGCUGGCCCUGCGUCAGAGCGUGGAGGCCGACAUCAACGGCCUGCGCAGGGUGCUGGACGAGCUGACCCUGACCAAGACCGACCUGGAGAUGCAGAUCGAGAGCCUGAACGAGGAGCUGGCCUUCCUGAAGAAGAACCACGAGGAGGAGAUGAAGGAGUUCAGCAGCCAGCUGGCCGGCCAGGUCAACGUGGAGAUGGACGCGGCCCCGGGAGUGGACCUGACCCGCGUGCUGGCCGAGAUGAGGGAACAGUACGAGGCCAUGGCCGAGAAGAACCGCCGGGACGCCGAGGAAUGGUUCCACAGCAAGAGUGCAGAGCUGAACAAGGAGGUAUCUUCUAGCACCGCCAUGAUCCAGACCAGCAAGACAGAGAUCACAGAGCUCAGACGCACCCUCCAGGGCCUGGAGAUUGAGCUGCAGUCCCAGCUCAGCAUGAAAGCCGGGCUGGAGAGCUCGCUGGCGGAGAUGGAGUGCCGCUAUGCCAUGCAGCUGCAGCAGAUCCAGGGGCUCAUCGGUGGCAUCGAGGCCCAGCUGAGCGAGCUCCGCAGCGAGAUGGAGUGCCAGAACCAGGAGUACAGGAUGCUGCUGGACAUCAAGACGCGGCUGGAGCAGGAGAUCGCCACCUACCGCAGCCUGCUGGAGGGCCAGGACGCCAGGAUGGCUGGCUUACCCUCCUCAGGAGGAAACACCAACGUCACUGGCACCACUGCCUCCCCUCCCAGUCGCCGCAUUUCCGACACCCGUAAGCCUUAAAUCCACCUGGCCUCCUCUCCCUCUGUCUUCAGCACCCAGAGGAGAGAGAUGACAGGUCCCUGCAGGAGAGAGGGAGGGACCGCAGGACGCUCAGGACACCGGCCCCCCGGGGCUCUCCCGAGGGCGGGCGCUCUGCGCUUCUCUCCCUGGGCACCUCCCCUUCUCCCUUAUCUGGUUACUCUGAUUUCUCAGCUUCUCUGCUAAAAAGAAAAGACGAUUCAAUAAAGUUUCCUGCCUUUCUGCAUAUGUA